AUGUACGAGGUCUUCUUAACAAGCGUCGUGGAAGAUGCCGAUUUCACGUCGGCAUGCUCUGUUCUCGAGGGGCUGUGCUCCAUGAAAGCGUGGGAAUCAAUCGUGCGCGUCACCUACUACCAAGGACCCCAAAGGCCGGCUGGCCUCUCAAAUCAAACGUCAAUCGAGAAGCCCAUACGCAAAAACGUCGCACCGCUCUGGCGAGAGCUGCACCAAAAUCUCAGUCGUCAAUCAUUCAUCAUUCAGGCCCGCUACGAGGUUCUCAAGGACAGGGACUUUGGGGAGACUGCGAAGCCCAUGGAGCUGGAUGCGACGCCAGGCAUCCUCCGCUGGGCCGACUUUCCCGAUCCUGCUCACGGAAAGCCGCUUCUGACGCAGCGCAAGAUGGUAGAACUAUGGGACCAGCGUGCCCUUCCUUCAUUAUUAAGAGAAAACCAGCACAGAUUCAAAGGAGAGAUGAUAGAAGAGACGUAUCGAUUCUUCAGAGAUGAAGUCGAAUUCUCCCUUACCAAGCAGUAUUUCUUACACCCCAUCGAAGGACAAGGCGUGGUCGCCCCAACCGCGCAGCUGCCAGCUUGGGACAAGCUUACGCCUGUGGACAUGCAAAGGCGCUGGAUCAUGCAAGUCCGGACGCAUGUGCUGCAAGACAAUAAGCCCGAUGAGAUUCGAAAAGCACAAGACAAGCUCAUGGCGUUGCGCAACGAGUUGGAUGGAGUGUUUGACUUUCGCACCAUCGACAGAAAGGUGCACGAUACGCGGAUAGCGAUGCGCCAACAAGGCGUACAAGCGCUGCCACAGAAGGUUAUGAUCGGGAAGAAUUAA